AUGGAUUUAAUUACUCGUUGGUUUGAUGCAAUUGAAGCUCAUUAUCAUGCUGUUAAUCCAUAUCAUAAUGCUACACAUGCAGCUGAUGUUUUACAGGCUACAUCAUUUUUCUUGAUUGUCCUACUGUUGCUCACUAUGUACAAGAAGCACAUGCUACUGCAGCUCUAA